UGAAACCGGAAAUAGGUUUGACGCGGUAGUUGUGUAGACGGCGCGGUGUUUUUUUUUUUUUUUUAAUACGGAUAAACUAGUGAAAACGACAGGACUUUGUAUUAGUUAAACAUUAGUAUUGUGAGUUAAUCGAACUAGGUUAUUUACUGUAAACUUUUUGUUCAGCUUAUAUAAGAUUUUAACGUUUUUUUUUUUAUCGUGAGAGGCAGACAGCGCGAGGCCGGGUGUGCGCGAGCUUCCUCCUGUUGCUGGCAGAUUAGCUUGCUGGCUAAAUCCUGACAUAAUCUUUUAAAUAGAGGGGGAAAGGGAAAAAACACGAAGAAUGACCGAAUCGGACAAAUUAAACAUUGAUUCUAUCAUCCAGCGUCUUCUGGAAGUGAAAGGCUCCAGACCCGGUAAAAACGUCCAAUUGACGGAGAAUGAGAUCCGCGGGCUGUGUCUCAAAUCCAGGGAGAUUUUCCUCAGCCAGCCCAUCCUUCUCGAGCUGGAAGCACCUCUGAAAAUCUGCGGUGAUGUUCACGGUCAGUACUACGACCUGCUCAGGCUGUUUGAGUAUGGUGGAUACCCCCCGGAGAGUAACUAUCUGUUUUUGGGAGAUUAUGUGGACAGAGGGAAGCAGUCUUUGGAGACCAUCUGCUUGUUGUUGGCAUACAAGAUUAAAUACCCAGAGAACUUUUUCCUGCUGCGAGGGAACCACGAGUGUGCCUCCAUCAACAGGAUAUACGGUUUCUAUGACGAGUGUAAAAGACGCUACAACAUUAAACUGUGGAAGACGUUUACAGAUUGCUUCAACUGCUUACCGGUGGCAGCCAUUGUCGAUGAGAAGAUUUUCUGCUGCCACGGAGGCCUGUCUCCAGACUUGCAGUCGAUGGAGCAGAUCCGGCGCCUGAUGAGACCCACAGAUGUGCCGGAUCAGGGGCUGCUGUGUGACCUGCUGUGGGCUGACCCUGAUAAAGACGUGACGGGCUGGGGCGAAAAUGACCGUGGUGUCUCCUUCACCUUCGGCUCUGAUGUUGUUGCCAAGUUCCUGCACAAACACGACAUGGACCUCAUCUGCAGAGCGCAUCAGGUAGUGGAGGAUGGAUACGAGUUCUUUGCGAAGCGGCAGCUGGUGACGCUUUUCUCUGCCCCGAACUACUGUGGCGAAUUUGACAACGCCGGCGCCAUGAUGAGCGUUGACGAGACACUCAUGUGCUCCUUCCAGAUCCUGAAGCCCGCUGACAAGAAGCUGUUGGCGUACAGUGGUGCUGGAGCUUUUGGAACUGGCCGACCCGUUACACCACCAAGAAACGCUGCCAAGGGAGGCAAAGCCAAGAAAUAACAAACACUUGUACAACGCACACUCUCACGGUCUCUUGUUUCCUUCAGUCUACCUCUCCUUUUAUUCCUCGUCUUUCACAUUACCCUCUUUUCUCGCUCUGAAUGUUAUGAUUUUUUUUUUAUUCGACCAAUUAUGAGCAUUAUAUUUUAAUUUUUUCAGGUGUGUAUGUAUGUUUGGGGGGGUUAGUUUACCUUCUGUCACUUCAUCAUAGAUGUAUAGAAAUAAACACAAGUUCCUCUUAGGGAUUUUUAUUUUAUUAUUAUUAUUAUUAUUUUUAAAUAGGACCUAAGCAAUUUUUUCCCCCUCUGGAGUCUCAGGGUCCGACACACCUUUAUCUCCUGAAGCAAUCGCUAUAAUUAUGUGAGCGUGUGUUUGUGUGUGUGUUUUAUCACUGCCACUCUUAAAUGUGAAGUGUGUAUGUUUCCUGUUUCAUCAGCAGAAGGAGUGUUGGAGUUUAGGACAAGAUGUGCGUGUGUGGUUUUUUUUUUUUUUUUUUUUUUUUUUUAUUCUUCAUCUUAGAACUCGCAUAGAUGGUCUGGGCCAAAAUUCACCCAUUUGUAAAAAUAUCUCCUGGUAUUCUCACGUUUCUCUUCAUGUUUACUUCCAUUACUGAUGUGAGCGAUCAGCUUUACUGUCUAAGUCGAGAUCUUUUUUGUUUGUUCAACAUCAUACAUUAGAUUUGUACAGCGCAUCACUUGAAUAAGAAAAUCUAUUUCUUGUUUUGUAGUUAUUCAUGAACUUGGACAAUAAAGUGAGAAUCUCUUAGAAGAAAUGAUUCUUGAAUAUGGUUGUUUUUGUUCCCCAGGAAGUGUAAGAUGACUGGUGUAAAAUUUGUUGGUUGCACAAUAUAUUAUGAUUACUAAUAAAUUUAUAUAAAGAAUUUAAGCAUAUCAAA